AUCCAGUUUAUAUAUAACUUUGUUAGCUUAUUAAAACAGUAAUAAGUUAUUACUUGUUCUCAUUUGUCACUGGUCUCCAGUUACAACAUCAUCUUUCUAGUUGUGUUUCUCCCAGACUAACAUACGUACUGCCGUGCCUGAGUACGACUUCAACCGAUAAUCUGAUUUGUCAUUCACUAGUCCAUCAUGUGUCAAAUCUCAUUUACGUUUCUCUCCUUGCAUUGAACAACAAACAACAUUGCACAUAAUUAAUCCUUGAAGUUAUUCAAAAUCAAUACAGUGACCAUGUCUAUAUGUAAAAAAGAGGUUUACUGUACAUGCAAAGAACAUCUAAAUGCUCAUUUUUUAUGAGCAUUUUAUCAUUUUAUUAUAUGUAAAUGCUGGGAAUUCUUAUUAUUUAAAUGUUAUGGUACCUCUGAAAUGAACACACUAUAGCCUUUGACAACACUACACAAAUACACAAGUAAGGCGCUUUCAAUCGUUUUAAGUUUAUUAGGGAAAAGCCUUAAAAAAAACACAUCAGUUCUCUUUUUCCCUGAAAAUCAUACCAACACACUUUACACUAAUUAUCGAUUCUUUAACCUUCAAACUUUUCUGGUAUAUUUCUUAUUUUAUAAAAAAAAAGUUUAGAUGUUCUUCCAAAGCAAACCUAGAAAAAUAAAAAGUGAAAGUGACUGUUGUGGAGUAGGCGGGACGAGAACGUGACUCGAGGCUGUAUCACGGAGGAGAUUGGGAGCAUAAGAGGACGAGCGACAUGACCGUCAAUGAGAGAGGACCAGGCCUGGCUUUUAGUUGUGGUUUGUGUGUGUCGUCGGCACCGUGAGGGGAUGCAGGCUCUCGAUUAUUCAAAUGUUUUAUUAAAUGUUUAAAUGUUUGCCGGUUCCCUUCUCCUUCCUUCCUUUUAAUAGAACUUUAUUACAGUGACCUUUUGGUCAGAUAUGGUGACCCAUACCCGAAAUGUGACCUCUGCAUUUAACCCAUCCAGAGAGUAGUGAACACAUGCACAGCAAGUCGUGAACACACUACACAUAGAGCAGCUCAAUGCAGUGCUCAGGGAGCAAGUAUAGAGCGUUGCUCAAGGGCAUCUCGGUCGCUACCCGCCGGCCCUGAGGAUCAAACCUGCGACCUUCUUGUCAUGUUUCCGACUCUCUACCAUUAGGCCACGACUGCCCAUAAUGUGCUUAUAUAAACCAAAAUAUUGCCUUAACACAGUUCAAAGUGCCACAUAACGUAAAAAAGGAGUAUUCUAAUCUAAACAGUUGUCUCAGGAACUUGUAAAAAAAAUGUUUCUUGAUGCUGUACAUACUUCUGUGUCUUUGUAGACACCUGAUGUCAUUGAAACCCAGAUUUAUGUAAACCUAACUCUCCAUGAGCACUUACAAAAAGUAUAUCGAGUCUGAACAAGCAAUUUAUCCAAAAAGUGAGAAGGUUUAUGAGAUUGGAAGGCACAGUUGAGAACAUGAUUUCCGAACACCAGCUGCCACAAAUAAAGUGAAUGCCUCAUAUCACAUUAAUUCGAUAAAAAAAUGUGCUGUAUGUUCUUGAGAGAGCUUGACUGAUUCCUGUUUUCUCAUGAGCAUCCUUCGGUAAACAUACACUUUAGAUGACGAUCCGCGAUAAUUGCCAUAAUUUUUUCCUUGCCAGCACUAUAUGGCUCCCUCUUACGUUUUGAGUGAUCUAAAUGAUAUCUAAUGCUGAUAGCGCAAUGGCGUGAGUUUGCCAUUCAUGGCAACCACUUCCUGUAGUCCCCCUCUCAACGGCAGGGGCCCUCCACCCUAGCAUGCUCUAAAUAAACAGUCCUACGGUGUUCUCCUUUGGGUUCUCAUUGAUACUCCCAGGAUGUGGCUGUGAGAUCAAGGGAAAGUAAACUCAUUAAUUAUGAAAGAAUGCAAUUAAUUGCUUUUUCUAACCCUACUGCUGUUAGAUCUGUCUCCCAUCCUUUCCCGUCUCCCUAAUCUAACCCAUUGCGUGAUCCAUGCGGCGCAGGAAGAGACAUAUAUGGGUUGGGGCUUAUUACUUAAACAUCAGAAUUGUAAUUCGUUAACCUUUGGUAAAACCAGCCAUUUGGUACUCUGACCUGCCCUUUGUCGUUGGGGACACGAUGUACCCACAAGCCGGAGCUCAGUUUGAUAACUGUGGCUCAACACAGCCAGCAAUGAAAUCCAAACGCGCAUUUUGAAACGCACAUGGUUUGCAUAGCACAGCAACAGUAUAUUCACCAACAUGUCUUGCAGUGAGAAAUAAUUGGUAUGCAGACAGUGAAGCAUCUCUGUUGAUUGUUACGUGGUAGAAUAUCAUUGUGUAUUAAAAGGAUUAUAAAGCUAACAGAAUGUAUAAAGUGAAUUUAUAGGAAUAGGUUUUAAGAUAUUUAACAUGUGACAACAUUGUUAGGUUAAUGCUAAUAAUGCAAACACAUGCUGCUUUUUUGUCUUUAAAAAUCGGAAUAGACAAUAAACAAUAUGUCAAUAAAUGCCAAGUAAUUCAGAUCAUUCAUUCUGCAUUUCUUUUUUAUUUAAUACACAGUUAAUAAAACACCAGAAAGCAAUGGUCCAAUUCCAGACAGCAAAAAAAAACUGAAAUCAAUUAUUAUUGGUAUCUGAGAUGUGUAAGCGGACAGUCUCUAAAGAAAAAUGGUGAAAUUGGGAUAAACAAUCUAACAGGAACUCGUAACUAUUUUAUGAGGUGGCUAAUUCGUAUGAAUUUGUACAAUCUUAUUUGUGCGGUUUAGUUUCGUGCGUUUUGCUUUCGCACCAGUGAAGUUAGAUUAUGUUUGGGGGAGGGUCAUCAGUGUUGCUUUUUUCUAAUAAUCAUAUGCAGUUGUAUGAUUUACAUUGUAUGAAUUCAAAUUACCCACAGCGUAAAAUAAACACAGAUUCACAUGGGAUCAGGUUGGAUUAUUCUUAAUCUGCCCAAAUAUAUUUCUGGACAGAAAAUCAAUGACUAAACCUUUGACAUAAUUUUAUAAAGACUUUUAUAGGGCAUUUCUAUGGCCCAAUGAAAGCAGAUGAGGAUUUCCAAUUUACGGUAUUUUACAAAAAAACUACAAAAUCCUGGAUAAAGAAAGAUGGACAUCAUUGACUACCAUAGUAAGGAAUAUUAAAAUUGUGGUAAAAUAUGACCUAAAACUAUUUGUUUUCCUAAACUAAUCAAAAUAUCCCAUUUUGUGUUCAACAGAACAAAAAUGAUAGAAUCAUUUUUCCAACUAUGGAAGUCAAUAGAGGUUAAUAACUGUUUGGUUACAAGCAUUCUUUCAAAUAUCUAUCUCGGUGUUCAUCAGAACAAAGAAACAUACUGGUUUAGAACAACUUGAGUAAAUGAUGACAGAAUUUAACAUCCCUUUAAAAUCUAAUAUUCUUAAAAUAAUCAUUUAUAUUACACCCAGCCCUAAACCUACCCAUCAAUCUUAAGGCAAUGAUUGAAUAUUGGAAUGCUAUUGGAUCAACAUAAAAAUUGGGAUUAAAACUGAUUCAGGGAUCCUUCCUUCAACUGGAAAUGUUGCCUUAUAGGAAUGAAAAUAUAACAUAGAGGAGCCUAAAUCUAGACAAUAUCACACAUGAGCAAUGAAAACGAUGAAGACAAGAAUGAUGGGAAUCAUCAUAAUAAUCAUGACGUGGUCGUAUCGAUUUUAUUUCUUUCAUGAGCAAUCGGCUUGGUGCUGCUGUUGAUGAACAGAUCAGAUCUGUUCUCCAACAGGAGCUUCAAAGCACAUCUGCCCUUUUGCAUGUUGCAUACUGAGUGUGGGCAGCAACUAAUGGAUGUUCCCACUAAUCAACCCUGUACGUCGCCAGGCCAGUGAGAUGCCCCUUCAAGAAGUCCAUCGAGUCUGAGAGACACCGUGCUCAACGUUCAUCGUUCCAUCUGUGUAAUUGCUUCCUUGAGAGAUUACAUUCACAUCAGUGACACCAACAAUUAGGCAGUCAGGAGGAAAAUACAACAAUAAGGUACUUAGCAGAGAAAAUAAGCAUUCAGAUAAGAUAUCGGCAUACUCUUAAUGAGUCAACAAACAUGACAUUUGGAUGAGCAUAUGUGGAUCUCACGCAAACGUUUGACCAACCCAUCCAGACAGAUCUCUUCCAAAGCCUUGUCCUCAGUAACCCCCCAAAAAGUUACAAAAACAAGCUUAAAGUUUCAAGAAUUCAAAUUACGAACAAGUGAUGAUGGGGGUUGACAAAGGGGGCUAUGGUUAUGUCCAUUUAAGGAAUGCCUGUGAUGUCAGGAUCUCGAUUGCAUGGUCAUCGCUGAUGCACACAACAAACCUAAACCACACCUACACUGCGACAUCUGAUUGGACUUACGCACAUGUUGCUAUCAUUUAACAAUCAGACAGAGAUCCCCCGUCUCUGUGUCUCUUGUCUGAUAGUCCAUUACAAAAGGAUUGUACUCCUCAACCAUAAACUGCAACUCAGCUGCGCUUUUUACCCGUUUCCACCGAGCAGUAGCCUCAGCUCAGGUAAGUGCCAAAUACUUUAUUGUAUUGUUAUUGAUAAGUUGCCAUCAUACAUUUUGGAGUGAUCUCUAGUCAAGUUAGAUUUUGGGAGGGUUACGUUUUCUAAAUAUUUUGAAACAGAAAAAUAUUUUGUUAGCCACAAACACUUGUAAAGGUUGUCAAAUGCUUCAGUGCAUUUAUCUCCAUAAUCAUUUAGAAAUCAGUAUCCUGACAAAAUGUCUUAAUAUGUAAAUUUCAAGUUAUUAAUUGGUUAGAAAUCACUGUAUAUUGUCUAGGUAACAGUGCAUUAAAUGAAGUUUCAUUCAAGAAGUAGCCUUCUGUUAACCACACAUUUAUUUCUCCUCAGAUUGAGAAGUAAAGAUGUGCCGUGGACUAGUGUUACUCUUCUUGGUUUUGGUGCUUGAAACCCGAUGGAGUGAAUCCAGCUGUCAGCAGCCAGAGUCGCAAAGACCAGCUUCAAACGAGGGUCCAAGUUUUCGAGUGUCAGCUCAUAACUUGCUUAAGAGAUACAAUGACAUUGACUAUGACAGUUUUGUCGGAUUAAUGGGACGCCGCAACGCCGAUGCAGAUGAUAGUAUACCAUCCCAACGUAAAAGGGAAAUGCAUGACAUCUUUGUUGGGCUCAUGGGUCGACGAAGCUCCGACUCUGAUGCUGUGCGUCCGUGGAGGAAAGAGUACCCAGACGCGAAUGGAGGAGGAGGCAUCUUCUUCAACAAGUGCAAACUGAGGUUUCGUCGGGGAUUAUAGGCAUUUCAUACCCAGUCAAUCGUCUGUUCGACCCUGUCAAGACAGCUUCUUUUCAAAGCAUUUCUUUGAAGUGACAACAAAAAGUAAUAAUUUAUUUUACGAACGUGAUAGAGCAAAAGUACAUUUCUAUAAAAUUAAUCAAAUAAACAUGAUUUCCUAUA